AUGGCUCCCCCGAAGCUAUGUUUCGCCUAUCAACCACACCCCGGUAACCGCCUCGGCCGGUGGGCUAAACCAGGCGAGGGCAUCCGUCUGUGUUUCAUCGCACACGGUAAUCUCGGUUCCGCUGGCGGGAUGGAUCACCUCAUCGGCAUCUCCGAGAUGACGCUCCGUCUUGAACACCGUAGAAGGCCACAAAGUAGGUGAACCCCCAGGUAAGCGAACAUUGCUCUGCUGCCUUUGCUUUCGCUUGUUCUUGUCUGCUAGAUCUAUGUCUGCUUGUUUGUGUUUGUCCUUGUUGAGAGCUAAAUACCGUUCUGCUGAAUUUUCUGUGUUGCUAUUCUUGCCUGCUUGCCUUUGGCCUGCUUGUUUGCGUCUGUCCUUACUGUAAACUAGAUGGCGUUCUGUUGAAUUUGUCUACAUACGUUUAUAUUUAAGCAACCAGGUAGCAUACAGAGGGUGGGAAAGCUCUGCUUCCCGUCUCUCUACUCUUCUCCCGUCCCCUCCCCCUGUAAGCCCAACAGCGUGUUCGUAGGCGGGUCCAGGCUAACUUGGACCGUCCUCCCAUUAAACAAAAGUCGUAGCUCAUAGUGGAGUACGACAGCCGUUUGGGACAACUGAGCAGCCCUAUUUAGGGAGAGCACUGCUCACCCCUGCGAACGGGAAGGGACUAGAAAAGGUGCACUAAACAAAUGCUGGAGACCCACGCCGUCUGCAGACUGACCACGGCCUCAGACGCUAAACUCACAGUCGAAACAACCAAAUAAGAAACAAGACUAUCUCUUUCCCUCCUUCUCCCCUCCGCUCCACUUGCCAGACUGGUAGGGUGAGUUUACUCACUCUGGAAGUCUGGAAUUUUCGUUCCGUUUCAGACAAUCUGAGGAACAAUCGACCGGAACAGAGGACAACGAAAGUGGCUCAGGAACUGGCGCGUUACAAGGUGGACAUCACAGCACUCAGUGAGAGCCGGCUCUCCGAACAAAGCAAACUGGAAGAGGUGGAUGCCGGCUGCGCCUUCUUCUGGAGCGGUCGCCCCAGGGCACAGCGAAGGGAUGCGAACGUCGCCUUUGCCAUCCGGAACGCCAUCGUGGGACGGCUGCCCUGUCUGCCGCAGGGCAUCAAAGAUCGUCUGAUGAGCCUCCGCCUGCCUCUCCGCGGAGGCAAAUUCGCCGCAAUCAUCAGUGUCUACGCCACCCUGAUGACCAGUCCUGAUUCUGCAAGGGCCAAGUUCUACGAGGACCUGCACGCAUUCCUGGUGUCUGUGUCGAAGGCGGAUAAGUUGAUUUUCCUUGGUGACUUCAACGCCCGCGUCGGCAUAGAUCAUGCUGCCUGGAGAGGAGUGCUAGGUCCCUAUAGUCUUGACGACUCCAACGACAAUUACCUGCUCCUCCUACGAACCUGCGCCGAACACCGACUCAUCCUGACCAACACUUACUUCGGUCUUCCGAUGCGAGAAGAGGCCACCCGGAUGCACCCUCGGUCGCGAUGUUGGCACCCGAUGGACUAUGUCCUCGUCCGGAGGUAAGACCGGCAGGACAUGCUGGUGACAAAGGCGAUUCUGGGUGCAGACGGGUGGACCGACCAUCGUCUCGUCAUUUACAAGAUGCGGAUUCGACUACAACCUCGUAGGGGAUCUCAGGGCAGCGACCCCCAGGUAAUCUGAGUAUUAUUUUGGUGUCUUUGUUUGCUCACCUUCUCCGUUUCCUCAACGAGAUAGCUCAACGUUUAGCCAACCUUCCAGUCGCUGCUGCCGCCGCCGCUGACGUAGCCGUCUCCGUGGUAACCCGAUGGUAUCAACUGCGGGACACAGUCCAGUAGACGGUUCUGGCUGUCCAUGGUCGCGCAUGCCGCCAACACCAGGACAGGUUUGCUGACAGCGACGCCGCCAUAAGCGACCUGCUCGCCGAGCGGAACCGCCCACACAAAGUCUACGUCGACCGCAACACCGACGACAACAAAACAGCCUUCUACCGUAGCCACCACCCUGUGCAACAGCGGCUGCGCGAGAUGCAGGACGCCUGGACGAUCCAAAAGACCGAGGAGAUCCAAGGAUACGCGGACCGCAGCGAAUGAAAGAACUUCUUCUCUGCGAUCUAAGUCGUCUACCGUCCGCCAACCAAAGAUACUGGACCUUUUCUCAGCGCCAACGGCAGUGCCUUACUUAGUGAGACGAUACAAAUUCUACAGCGAUGGGUCGAACACUUCAGAGGGGUCCUCAACCGCUCCUCCACCAUCUCCGACGACACCCUUGCCCAUCUGCUUCAAGUGGAGACCAACGUCAAACUCCACCUCCCGCCCCCUCCCCACAAAACUAUCAGGGCCGUGCAGCAGCUCUCCAGCGGGAAAGCGCCCGGAUCGGAGGUGAGCCCUGUUGAGAUCUACAGGCACGGUGGCCCCUAACUCAUGGAUCAUGUGGCGUCAAGGAGAAGUUCCGGGAUUUCAAGGGCGCCAAAAUCCUCCACCUACACAAGCGGAAAGGUAACCGCCAGCCCUGCGACAACCACCGAGGCAAACCCCUGCAGAACAUCGCCGGGAAAAUAUUUGCUCGCAUUCUUCUAAACCACUCGAACAACCAUCUAGAGCAAGGUCUCCUGUCGGAAAGCCAGUGCGACUUCCACCGUUAUCGUGGAACCACGAACAUGAUUUUCGUCGCACGCCAACUGCAGAAGUACCAGGAGAUGUGGACCCACCUGUACUCUACCUUCGUUGAUCUGACGAAAGACUUUGAUACGGUGAGUCGCGAAGGACUGUGGAGAAUCAUGCAGAAAUUCGGCCGUCCCGAAUGAUUCAAUCAGAUGGUGCGUCAGCUCUACGACGGCAUGAAGACGCGAGUCACGGACAAUGGAGCUGUCUCAGAGGUUAUCACAGUGACCAACGGAGUGGAGCGUGGCUGCGUCCUCGCGGCUACUCUCUUUAGUCUCAUGUUUACUGCCAUGCUGAUGGACGCCUUCCUCGACGAACGCCCCGGGAUCCGCAUCGUCUAUAGGACUAACGGGUCAACUGCUCAACCACCGGAAGAUACAUUUUCAAUCGAAUGUAUCCACAACCACCGUCCACGAACUUCUGUUCGCCGAUGA